AUGCCACCCUGCCCUGGGGGGAGCACAGCGGGCAGACAGGCUGGGGAGGCAGGCAGGAGCUCACAGCAGAGCCCCCCGAGCCACCGGCCUGCUGUGUACCCCACGGUCAUGCUGCUCCUCCUGCACCUGCUGCCUGCCAUGCUGCCCGCUGCCGCCCUGGCCAGCUGCACUGGGGCUGGUGCCGACAGGCAGCUCAUCCUGGCCAAGGUGAGGGCUCGGGUGCUGGAGCAUCUGAGGCCCCCGGUUCUCCUGGAGGAGCCCCAGAAGGAAGCAAGGAGAGUGCACCGGAGAGAUAUCCUUGAAAACACUGAAGCUGAGCCGGAGGAGCUGAAGGACACCUCCCAAGUUAUCCUUUUCCCUUCCACAGAUGUGCCCUGUGAGCCCUCACAGCCAGACAAGCUACUGGAGGAAGAAGGCAUUUUCACCUAUCUCUUCCAGCCCUCAGCACACACCCUGAGCCGCGCAAUGACCUCUGCUCAGCUUUGGUUUUACACUGGCCCCUCAGCGGCUCCCAACCACUCAGCCCCUGAUGUGCUGACCCUGUCACCGCAUGGCCGUGUGCCACUGGUGGCCAUGGUGGUGCAGACACCCGAGCACUGGACUGUGUUCCACUUCGACCCAGCGCUGCUGCCCCAGCUCUCACAGCCACUCUUUGUGCUCCUGGUGCGCUGCCCUGGCUGCCCCUGCCUGGCCGAGGAGGACAAGAUGCCCUUCUUGGUGGCCACCACCCAUGCCAAGGGCACUGAGAGGGCUCGUCGCUCUGCCGUGCCCUGGUCCCCAGCUGCCCUGAGCCUGCUGCAGCGCCCAUCCGAGGACCUGGCCGCCCAUACCAACUGCCGCCGGGCUUCCCUCAACAUCUCCUUUGAGGAGCUGGGCUGGGAUAAUUGGAUCGUGCACCCUAGCAGCUUUGUUUUCCACUACUGCCAUGGGAGCUGCGCUGCAGGCCAUGGGCUGAGCCACCGCCUGGGUGUGCAGCUCUGCUGCGCCGCCCUGCCAGGCACCAUGCGCUCCCUGCGUGUCCGCACCACCUCCGACGGCGGAUACUCCUUCAAGUACGAGACAGUGCCCAACAUCCUGGCCCAGGACUGCACUUGUGUUUAG